GUGCACCGUGCCUUUACUAGUCCUGUAUUAGCGGAACGAUAUUCGCGAAUUGAGUGCGGGAAAACAUUUUUCCUCCAAAGACUACAAAAUACGCCAUUCAUUUCCCCCGUAGGCUUUGUUCAAACAACCAUGGCGGAGGUAGUGCUUACAAAAAGACACCAUUACUAUUUAUCUUUAUUGGAUAAGCAGUGUUUGCCUAUCUUCAUACUGUACAGUCUUUGAUUUUAGCUUGCUUGCCAGCCUGGCUACGGUUGUCAGUUUUGUUAGCCACUAGCCAUCUCGUUGCUACUACUGGCAUAAUUUUAGGUUUUUCUUGGUAGAAUGGAUUGUUGUAGCUAGGAAGUUAGCUACAACUCUUUGAUAAUCAUUGAUAACAAACAACAUAGCUAAUAUAUGUUUUGGUGAUGGUAACUUCCAUCUGGCCUAAGUGGUGUGUCAGACAUACACAGUCAGAUCAUAUGUUACUUCUCAACAUGGACAUGAGGUUGUUUGGUAAUGUUCUUUACCCCCAGGAGUCCUUUUUCCAAAACAUAGACAACCUACAGAAGCAUGGAAUUAGAACAUGGCAGAUUUAAAUAAGCUGAAGUCUGUGGGUAUUUGCAUAGUGAAGGGGAUCCAGAUGACCACACGCAGAGCCCUGUGUAACAUCAAGGGCCUUUCAGAGGCCAAGGUGGACAAGAUCAAAGAAGCUGCUGGGAAAAUGCUGUAAACUACUUGGGGGAGGUAUGGAGAGCAUGGUAAUCACUGAGGCAUUUGGAGUUUGUUUAAAAUGUUUAGUCCCUCAGAGUUUUGGACAAGCAAGACCCAGCUCUCACACACUGUGUCACAGCCCAGCUUCCUGGAGAGGAUGGCUACACAGGAGGAAAAGUAAUCUUCAUCGACACAGAGAACACUUUUCAUCCAGACAGGCUGAAGGACAUAGCAGACAGGUUCAACGUGGACCAUGAUGCUGUGUUGGACAAUGUGUUAUAUGCCCAAGCUUACACCAGUUUCAACUUCAGGUGAACACCAGAUGGAGCUGUUGGAUUUUGUGGCGGCCAAAUUCCACGAGGAGGGAGGCAUCUUCAAACUUCUGAUCAUAGACUCCAUCAUGGCUCUGUUCCGGGUAGAUUUCUCUGGCCGAGGGGACCUGGCAGAGAAACAACAGAAGCUGGCCCAGAUGCUCUCUCGUCUGCAGAAGAUCUCUGAAGAGUACAACGUUGUGGUGUUUGUCACCAAUCAGAUGACUGCAGACCCUGGAGCUGGGAUGUCGUUCCAAGCUGAUCCCAAAAAGCCGAUUGGAGGGCACAUCCUGGCGCAUGCGUCCACCACACGAAUCAGCUUGAGGAAAGGACGUGGAGAGUUGAGAAUCGCCAAGAUAUUUGACAGAGAAAGAUCUUCCUCCUCUCGUAGAUUCAUUAUUUUCCAUGGUAUCCUGCAGUCCUGAUAUGCCUGAGAACGAGGCCACUUUCACUCCGGGGGGAAUUGCUGAUGCCAAAGAGUGAAAGACCCUCAUGGAUUCACCAUUGGGC